CCCCUUUGGUCACUGCGGGGCGCGCGCAGCGGGCGCGCGGCGAUUGGCUCCCUCGGGUGGCAGCGCCUCAGGCCGGAGAGACUGGGCGAGCGGAGCGGGCGCCGAGGGGUCCGGCGGCUCCCCAGCUUCAGUCUUGGAGCCAAAAGCAGAGACAGUGCCAGAGCAAACAAGAAUAGAAGUGCACAUGGAGGGCUGGUCAGAAGCAAUCCGUAUCUGUGGAGUAUGUAGCCAGGAGUUUAGCCAGCUGAAUGGAAAAUAUUUUGAGGAAAACUUGUACCUGGAUUUUGAUGGUGCGGAAUUUCUUUCACAUUAUUCUCCAAAGAAUACAGGGGAGCGACUAUUUGUAUAACAUGUAAUGGAAUCAGUCUAUAAAGGAUUUAAAGUAUUGCAAAGUAUGAAUGAUUCUGUUGCUACCUGUGCCUGAGUGGAAGACUGAAAUUCUGUACAAAAAUAUUUUUAUAAGUGCAGAUACGGCCAUUUGUCUUUUGCAAGAGUCCACAAUAAGAAGUAGAUGAGCAGCUGACUAUGAAUUCUGAACAAAACAUGCAUCAGUUAAACAAGGAAGUCACACCUGAGGACCUUGAACUACCAGGGAGGAACGCCAGGAACGUACAGGCCAUUGGUCCUUAUCCAGAUGAAGGGCCGUCUACACAGUGCAGUAUUAUGGAAUGUGAGAAGAAUGAUAUGAAUUAUGAAUCUGUGACUUCUCAUCAUGUUACCCCAGACUUAAAUAAAGAUAUAUCAGUAACCUGUCUUCAAAAAGAAUUGGAAAUUCUCAGAACAAGAAAUCAAAAGCUUCAAGAAAAAUUGGCUAAAGAAGAUAAAGAAAAGAGAAAAUUAGAGCUUAAGUUGGAACUCCUCGAGAAAGCAGCAGAGGCUGAAAUCGCUGAAAGGACUGCAGCUUUGGUUGAAGAAGUGUAUUUUGCACAGCGAGAACGUGAUGAAGCUAUUAUGUGCAGACUGCAGUUAGCCCUUGAGGAGAGAGAUGAAGCAAUUGCACGUGUGAAACAUAUGGAAAUGCCACUAAAAAUGCUAGAAAAUAUUAACCCUGAAGAAAAUGACAUGACAUUACAGGAAUUACUGAGCAGAAUAAACAAUGCAGACACCGGGAUAGCUAUUGAGAAGAAUGGAGCUGUAAUUGUGGAUAGAAUCUACAAGGCCAAGGAAUGUAAAAAGAGAAUAACUGCAGAAGAAAUGAAUGCAGUGCUAGAAGAGCGGGAUGCGGCGUUGGCUCAGUGCAAACGGCUGCACCAGGAGCUUCAUCGUCUGAAAGAGCAGAAGCAGACUUCAGCAAACAACAUGAGACACCCGACUGCUGAAAACAAUCAGGAACGUGCUCUGAAGGCAAAAUUACUAUCAAUGAAGCAAGCCAGAGAGACUGCAGUUGAACAAUACAGAAGGCUGGAAGAAGAAAUACAGACAUUACGAGUUUACUACAGUUUACAUAAAUCAUUAUCUCAAGAAGAAAACUUGAAAGAUCAGUUUAACCAUGCCCUUAGUACCUAUGAAGAAGCCUUAAAAAACAGAGAGAACGUUGUUUCCAUCACUCAACAGCAGAACGAAGAACUGGCCACCCAACUUGAGCAGGCUCUGACUCAACAAGCAAACAUGGAAUUACAGCUUCAGUGUGCUGUAGAGGUCUCCCAAGCAGCCAAUGAAAAAGUUCAAAAGUUAGAAAGGCUGGUGGAUGUCCUGAGGAAGAAGGUUGGAACAGGGGCUGUGAGGACAGUGAUCUGACUGAAAAACACCCAGUCUGGGGCAAGCAAUCACAUCUGGUGGCCAGGCUGCUUCAUUCAACACUGUGUAAACACUAAAAGCCUUAACUUAGCAAACAGUUGUUAGAAGUGGGACACUCCAACCACAUUCCAAGCCGAGAUAAAAUCAAAUCACAAAUGUUUAACCACUUUGCUGCUAACUUCAGUUAUUUAUCCAAAUAUAUUAACUGCAGGCUUUUACCAAUUAUAUGAUGUUGCAGCUUAUUUUGUAGCUAUUUUGUAAUUUGUGCCUUUAAAGUAAUUCUUUUUGCCGGUGUACUAUAAAAAUGUGUGAAGUCGGUCAGAAUCGUACCCUUGCAUAUGGCCCUUUCUGAAUCAAAGUGCAGCAAAGCAAAUAUUGUCUAAGCCUUAAUCCACUGUGUUAGGUCAAAACUUCAAAUAAAUGCAUUUUCAGUAUAGAGUAUAUUUCUUAACUGAUGGAAGAAGCUCAGACAUGAGAGAAUGUAGCCCACCUUCAAUGUAUGUACACAGCUUUUGUUCUUAAUAUUGAAGAAUAUUAAGUAUAGGUGCCAUGAACUGAAUGUAUAAUUUGCUUUACUUGUACAUUAAGAUGGCAGUCACCAAGGCAUGAUUUUUGUUUCACUACAGAGAAUCUAUACUGUUUUCAAUAAAAAGGUUAUUAAUGUGCACUUGUUUCACUAUAGAUAAUAUACAUUGUUUGCAAUAAAAGGUCAUUAAUGUGCA